CGGACAUAUCAUCGUUGAAAGUCGCCAAAAAUCAAAAUGUCUUUAAAGCUGUUCUCCUGCCUAUUUGUGCUCAGUUUGGCUGCCAUCGCAUGUGAAGGACAGCCGCAGUACAAUCCUUACCUAAGGAACCCCUACUACAGGGAUCUGUACUAUAGGAAUCGCGAUCUGUACAAUCUGCGACGUUUUUACGAUGGAUUUUACAAGAAGUACAAUCCCUACAUUGCCGCUGCCCAGGCUAGGAUUGUGGAACAGAAGAACGAUGUGAACUACGGAGCGGGUUCCUAUGCCUAUAACUAUGAGACGGAGAACGGCAUCCAUGGCGAGGAGCGGGGAGUGCCGGUGAACAUUGGUAACCAGCAACAGGAGGAGCAAGUGGAGGGGGCCUACUCCUUCAUCACACCCGAGGGUCUGAGGGUAGGAGUCAAAUACCUAGCCGAUGCCAAUGGUUUCCGCCCCGUGAUUACCUAUGACGGCGUCAACUCCGCUUUUUAUGCCGGUCAGCCAGCUCCAGCCAAUGUGGUCAUCACCAAGCAUUGA